AUGUUGGGUGGAUUAUUUCUAAUCGGUGCAUCAUGUAUGUACUUUGCUAAAGUUAUGCGAUACUUUGCAUUAGCUUUAACGGUUGGUGGAUGGCUUUUUACUAUCGGUUCAUCCUUUCUUCUCCUUGCUGAUCUUCAGCAAUGGUGGUACGAUCGAAAAGUUUCCGAUUCUAUGAAACCACGCAAAGUGGAUCGCUUAACUGUUGCUCGUUCGUUUAUUACAUCAUGUGGAUCAGCCUGUUAUGUAUCUGGAUCAGCAUUGUUAAUCCCUUAUUUCGAAAAACACACGCAUAUAGGUAACUGGUUAAUCAUGAUUGGCUCUGUUGUUAUAUUUCUGUCUGCAUGUUGGCAAAUCUGUAACAAUGGUCGUCGUAACCGCACGGAUCCAUACGAAUAUAGUUUUCAUUGUACAAAUCUCAUUAACAACCUUUCGUCAUUAUGCUUUAACAUCUGUAAUGGACUUGGCGGUGUGUUUUAUUUCCUUGGUGUAUUCUUUGCACCAUUUGAAUACAGUGCUAACGAAUUUCAAACAAAUAUCUCUGCAAUCUUUUGUGUUACUGGUGGUACUUUCUUUUUUCUUGCAAGUCUUUUUCUCCAAUAUCAAUAUUAUUCUGCACAAUUGUAG